UCUGUGUGGUUUCGAAACGUUUUCGGAAAAACUACAUACAUCGCUUUACGGGCACAAAAAGUUUAUUUCUAUUUCAUCCCUGGAGUAUGGCGAGACGAGUAUGCGUGUAUAUAGCAACAAAUCAGUAUUUCGAUUAUUGCGUUAUGGCUACAAUAUUGUUUAACUGUAUUUUUUUAGCCAUGACCGAAACAGUCGAAGAAGCUGAAUAUAUCUUCCUAGCGAUUUAUACCAUUGAAAUGGUUAUAAAAAUCAUUGCCAAAGGCUUCCUGCUCAAUAAAUACACAUAUUUGCGCAAUCCUUGGAAUUGGUUGGAUUUUGUGGUCAUAGCCAGUGGUUAUGCCACCAUUGGCAUGGAUGUAGGCAACUUGGCCGGGUUGCGUACAUUUCGUGUGUUGAGAGCUUUAAAGACUGUUUCUAUAAUGCCAGGUUUAAAGACUAUUAUUAAUGCACUACUGCACUCAUUUCGUCAAUUGGCCGAGGUCAUGACGUUGACCAUAUUUUGUUUAAUGGUCUUUGCACUAUUUGCACUGCAGGUUUACAUGGGAGAAUUACGUAAUAAAUGUGUUAAAAAUGUACCCGAUGAAUGGUCGAAUACUUCAGAUCUUGAAUGGAGAUUAUGGAUCAACGACACUGAAAAUUGGUUGUAUGACGAUGAGGAGCUGCCCAUGUUGUGCGGUAAUUUAACGGGCGCCCGUCAUUGUCCAAUGGGUUAUACAUGCCUGUGCGUUGGCGAAAAUCCCAAUCAUGGUUAUACGAAUUUCGAUAAUUUCAUGUGGUCGAUGUUGACAACAUUUCAAUUGAUAACAUUGGACUAUUGGGAGAAUGUGUACAAUAUGGUGUUGGCCACAUCGGGGCCAAUGAGUGUGUCAUUUUUUACAGUGGUUGUGUUUUUUGGUUCAUUUUAUUUAAUUAAUCUAAUGUUAGCCGUAGUCGCUCUAAGUUACGAGGAAGAAGCCGAAAUAACAAAUGAAGAACGCAAAAAAGACUUAUUGGAUCAUCGAGAUGAUUCGACAUUUAGCUUCGACCCGUCCGUUUUGAAUGUAAAAAAAUUAAAUAAAAGUAAUAAUAAAAAGAAGAUAGAUUCGCGUAAAGGUGUUUUAUUGGCCUCCUAUAGUAAAAAGAAGACGAGAAGAAAAAAGUGUCCCAAAGGAACGGGCAAAGAAGGCGGCAAUGCUACGGACAGUAAUGGCAAUGGAACGCAUCACAGUAAAAAUGAUUCACUCACGCCAACACCCAGUCCUAGUCCACGUCACAGCGGCUGUGAACGUCCUACCGAUUUAGCCUUGAAAUGUGAACACUCCGAUGAGAAGACGACACACGGAGACAAACAACAGCAACAACAACAGCAGCAGCAACAACAAAAUCGUCAGUCACGCAUAUGCUUUCAAGACGAUGCUGCAAAGAAUCCCAAUAUGUUAUAUCCCUCCCAUCCACUUAUGCCCAGUCGUCAGGCGAGUUCAAAUUCCAGUGGGGUAAAUCGUGAAUCAUCACAAGAUGAUUCGGGUGUUGUGGAUGAUCAUGAUGAGCAGGAUAUAACGGCUUCCGAAGUUGUCAAUGUUUCGGCUACCGAUACACAAAAUGAUCAUACGGCUGUAACGUUAGCUCUGUCGCCGCGGGAGGUGCGCUUAAUUAAGUGUAAUGGUAAUAUAGCACGCAUUAAGAAGCAUAAUAUUUAUGCUUUACAUCCGGAAUACUCUUCCGAAAUUGUUGUAAUCGAUGAUCUUCCUGAUCGUAAUUGUGAUAGAUGUGUUCAAUGUUGUAUUGACUACGAGGGUUGGUUGCAAUUUCAAAAUUGCCUUUAUAAAGUUGUACGCGAUCCCCUAUUUGAAUUGGCCAUAACGUUGUGUAUUGUAUUGAAUACAGCAUUUUUAGCCAUGGAACAUCAUGGCAUGAGUGAGAGUUUUCGCAAUGCCUUGGAUGUGGGGAAUAAGGUUUUCACUUCCAUUUUCACCUUUGAGUGUAUCAUUAAAUUGAUGGCCCUGUCCAAAGAGUUUUUUCUUUGUGGCUGGAAUAUUUUCGAUUUAAUUAUUGUUACGGCUUCCUUGUUGGACAUUAUAUUUGAGCUGGUCGAUGGUUUAAGUGUUUUAAGGGGCUUGAGAUUGUUAAGGGUCCUUAAACUGGCUCAAUCUUGGACUACUAUGAAAGUAUUAUUGAGCAUUAUUAUAUCGACAAUUGGUGCUUUGGGUAAUCUAACUUUGAUAUUGGUCAUUGUCAUUUAUAUAUUUGCCGUUAUUGGCAUGCAACUAUUUUCAAAAGACUAUACGCCAGAAAAAUUUGAACCAGAUCCAGUGCCAAGAUGGAAUUUCAAUGAUUUUUUCCAUUCCUUUAUGAUGAUUUUUCGUAUCUUAUGCGGAGAAUGGAUUGAACCUUUAUGGGAUUGUAUGAGAGCUGAAGAAGAGCAAGGUGCCUCUUCUUGUUUUGCCAUUUUUCUACCCACUUUAGUAAUGGGCAAUUUUAUGGUUCUAAACUUGUUCUUGGCUUUGUUGCUCAAUAGUUUCAAUUCGGAGGAGUUAAAGUCCAAAAAAGAGAUUUUCAAGAAAAAGGAAGUAGGCGAAGAAUCGAAAUUAGCUCGCAGCAUAGAAAGAGUUAGAGACUUGAUACGUAAGAAACGUCAAGAGCGUAAGGAACGUAAAGAGCGUAAAUAUGCUACGAAAUUUCAGCAGAUUGUCAUUGAAGCCCAACAAGCAGCGGCAGCCGCAACAAUCGAUAAACCGGGUCUAAUAUCGGAAACAAAAUUUCACAGACUGAGCUAUCAGGAAUCUAUGAAUCGCCCAGUUUCUGGUUCCGAUUUUGGCUAUCAAAUACCUUUAAAAGGAAGCCUACACACUAUUGCGGAUGGUGUCGAAACGGAAGAUGAUAAAAAAUCAUAUUCUUCACAACAAUUAACACAUUCAAUGCUGAGCGGUGGUGGUUCGCUGCAGCAGCAUCAUCACCAUCAUCAGCAACACCAACAGCCAGCAUUACAGUUGCUGUAUCAACAGCAGCAACCUGCAAUGCCAUCGUUUGAUGGCACUGUUGCCAGCUCCUGCCAAUUAGACAAUAAUAGCUUAAAUCCUCAAGUAGAUCGUCGUUUACAACAUCAAAUGUCUUCCGGAUUUGGUACGCAGCCAAAUGAUUCACGUGAUGAACCCACAACGUAUACCGAAUCGAUAGAACUGCAGCUGAUGGGUCAAUACAAUUCGACUGAUACGGACCCGUACGCCAAUGAUCAGCGUAGUGGUUCUUAUAUGCGUGCCGAUUCAUUGCAAGAACGCAGCGGUUCCUAUAUGCGUGCCGAUUCGUUGCAAGAACGUAGCGGUUCCUAUAUGCGUGCUGAUUCCUUGCUGGAACGCAGUUCAACGCGUCAUUGCAGCGAGGAACAUGAUGAAUCUUAUCUACAGUAUCAAAAAUCGUUGCUAACCCGAUCGCCCAGCUAUCGCAAGUCCCUGGAUCGUCUGUCACAGUCGAGCGAUCAAUCGCAGAGAUCAUUAAUUCCUUCCCGCAGUCUAAAGUCCGAUGAGGAUGGUCAUUCGCGUCAUUCAUUGAACACGAUUUCCAUGGAGCACGAGGAACUGCUGUCGAAUCAGGCCAACCUCCGUGAAGAACUGUUGAAUUGUGAUCAAAAGGAAUUAUUUCAAUUUCUGCAGGACGAUAUACUCGAUAAUAGCAACAAUUAUUUUAGCGAUACUGUGGGUUAUGGUUCUGCUAUAAUGGAAGCCGAUACGGAUUCGUUAAUCGUUGUGGAUGGCCGACGGGAAGAACGUAAACCCUCAACCAGCAGUAUUAAAUCGAAUUUAAGUUACAUCUCCAAUUCCAUACUCCAAACCAUAGAAUCGCGUCGUAAUGGCAGUCAUUCCUCGAAUGGUAAUGGUCAUGACAGUGAUAAUUUACCUUUAGUGGAACACUCCGAGUUCGACAAUAUUAUACAGAGUUUUGAAAAGGAAUUGGAGGAGAUAAAAAAGUCCACGACUUCUUUAGAGCGUAGACUAUCUACACUCUCUGAACCCUCGCCCGCAGCUGAUGAAGCUAAUAAGGCCAUAUUGGAACAUAUAGCGGUGAUAACAGGGGCCUCAGAAAGAACGGCAGCCGAUGAAGUUGUGGCGCCCUUAAAUCCCUACGACAGCUAUGAUCUUUCUGCCGUACCCCGGCGCCAGCACUCUUUGCCGGCCACCUCCACACGGGCUUCGGCCAAAAUCAAACGACGUAGUCUGGAAAAACAACGAAAAAUCGAUGAUGAUUUUAGCAUAACCAAUGAAAUACGCAAAAUCUGUGAUCAAAUGCAGGCACCUUUUGCCACAGUCGAAGCCAUGUCCGUGGCUGCUACACAGGCCUCGGGCGCUCAUUCACCUUUCAUGCGACGAAAAAGUGAUUUAUUUAGUGCUCAAUUCGAUCGUUUCAAGCGCAUGUCUCUCAUCGAACGCGUCGAGGAAGUGCCAGAGGAGGAAAAACCCAUUUCUACGCUGCGCAUGGAAUCAGAACGUUUACCGCGCAAAUGUCUAACGGCCGAACCCAUGAAGAUCGAUAGUCUCUCGUUGAAAAGUACAAAUUCCUAUGAAAAUCUACUGCUGCACAAACAACUGACUAAAGCUCAACAGAAACAGCAUAAGACGCAACAGAAACAGCCCUCGUUACAACGCGAUAGCUCACAAUCUUCCUCGGCCGCUGUACCACCCACACCACCAACCUCGCUUAAGUCGUCGAUAGAGCCCCAUACGCUGGCGCAAUUGUCAUCGCUAAAGGCGACACCGCCCCUAACGGCGCUUACCGAACAUCAGCAACACUAUCAUGCCACAACGGCUCAAACACGUACCACACCUCUCCUCCCAAGGGCUGGUCCGGGUAGCGUUGAAGCACAGCAUACGAAAUUGCAUGUCAAACGCUCAAAGCAUCCACAAUCGUCGCUAGAUAAAGCUGCUUCCUUUCAGUCGGGACGCACCGAAUCGCAUAGUUCGGGUGCGGCCGAUACAUCAUCGGUUAUGGCACUGACUGCCCCCGGCGAGGCUCUGCUGUUGGCGGCAGGCGGUGAUUCGAUAACGCAGAGAGACGGCGAAGGUCUCCAGUCGCAGAAAUCAACGUUCUCACGACUGACUGAAAAACCAUGGCAUUGUCUGGUCUCCUACGUAGACGAUCUCACAGUGGGUGGGAGACGUAACUCGCAGGGAGCAUACAAUGAUCCCAUGACUUUUCCAAGUUUUGGACAAACGAAACCACCAAAAGUGCCAGAUGAUUGUUUCCCCCAAAAGUGUUACGAACACUUUUACUUUCGCUGUCCAUGGUUUAUGUCCUGUAUGGAUACCAAAAGUGCUAAACAUUGGACACGCGUCAGAACGGCCGUCUUGACUGUUGUGGAUACUCCAGCCUUUGAGUGGUUUGUUUUAGUGUUGAUCUUCGCUUCCAGCAUAACAUUAUGUUUCGAGGACAUCUAUUUGGAUAGUAAUAAAUCGCUGAAGCGCAUUUUAUACUGGACAAAUUUUUCCUUCUGUUUGAUAUUUGUCAUUGAGAUGGUAUUGAAAUGGUUGGCCUUGGGGUUUUCCAAAUACUUUACUAGUUUUUGGACCAUUUUGGAUUUUAUCAUAGUUUUUGUUUCCGUAUUUUCUUUAUUAAUCGAGGAAAAUGAAAAUUUAAAAGUUUUGCGCUCUUUAAGAACCCUAAGAGCUUUAAGACCCUUAAGGGCCAUAUCUAGGUGGCAAGGAAUGCGAAUUGUAGUAAAUGCUCUCAUGUAUGCCAUACCAUCAAUUUUCAAUGUACUUUUAGUUUGUUUGGUUUUUUGGUUAAUAUUUUCUAUAAUGGGUGUACAAUUUUUUGGUGGUAAAUUUUUCAAAUGUCUCGAUAACGAUGGAGAACUAUUGCCCGUAACGGAAGUGAAUGACAAAUGGGAUUGCAUAGAACAAAAUUUUAGUUGGAUCAAUUCAAAAAUAACCUUUGAUCAUGUAGGUAUGGGCUAUUUGGCUCUCUUACAAGUGGCCACCUUCGAGGGCUGGAUGGAGGUUAUGGCCGAUGCGGUCGAUGCUCGUGGUGUGGAUUUGCAGCCUCAACGUGAAGCGAAUCUUUAUGCUUAUAUAUAUUUUGUUAUCUUCAUUGUAUGUGGAUCGUUCUUUACUCUUAAUCUAUUCAUAGGAGUAAUUAUCGAUAAUUUCAAUAUGCUCAAGAAAAAGUAUGAAGGAGGAGUGUUGGAAAUGUUUCUCACCGAAUCUCAAAAACAUUAUUACACCGCCAUGAAAAAGUUGGGACGAAAAAAACCACAGAAAGUCAUUAAGCGACCAAUAAAUCAUUUUUUAGCGAUGUUUUACGAUUUAUCAAAUUCCCGAAGAUUUGAAAUAGCCAUAUUUGUACUGAUUUUUUUAAAUAUGUUAACAAUGGGUAUUGAGCACUACAAUCAACCGCAUGCGGUAUUUUUCAUACUCGAAGUUAGUAAUGCAUUUUUUACCACCGUCUUUGGUUUGGAGGCCAUAGUGAAAAUCAUAGGUCUACGUUAUCAUUAUUUUACGGUCCCUUGGAAUGUAUUUGAUUUUCUCUUGGUGUUGGCAUCGAUAUUUGGCAUACUCAUGGAAGAUAUUAUGAUUGAUUUGCCGAUAAGUCCCACUCUCUUGAGAGUGGUACGAGUCUUUCGUAUUGGCCGCAUUUUGAGACUAAUUAAAGCUGCGAAGGGUAUUCGUAAAUUGCUGUUUGCUUUGGUAGUAUCACUGCCGGCCCUCUUUAAUAUUGGGGCCUUAUUGGGUCUAAUAACCUUUAUUUAUGCCAUUUUGGGCAUGUCACUGUUCGGUCAUGUCAAACUGCAGGGGGCACUCGACGACAUGGUCAACUUUCAGACAUUCGGUCGCAGUAUGCAAUUGUUAUUUCGCCUAAUGACCUCGGCCGGUUGGAAUGAUGUACUCGAAUCGCUAAUGAUACAGCCGCCGGACUGUGAUCCGAAUUUUAAUCGUCAGGCGAAUGGGGAUUGUGGCCAUCCGCUGCUGGCCAUUUCGUACUUUACCAGUUUCAUUAUAAUUAGCUACAUGAUUGUCAUUAACAUGUAUAUCGCCAUUAUUUUGGAGAAUUUCAAUCAAGCUCAUCAAGAGGAAGAAAUUGGUAUAGUAGAAGACGAUUUGGAAAUGUUCUAUAUCAGAUGGUCUAAAUAUGAUCCCCAUGCUACACAAUUCAUACAUUUUGCACAGUUGUCAGAUUUUAUCGCAUCUCUGGAUCCACCGUUGGGCAUUGCGAAACCAAACACCGUAGCAUUGGUAUCAUUUAAUCUACCCAUUUCGAAGGGCAAUAAAAUUCAUUGUUUAGAUAUUCUCCAUGCAUUGGUGAAACAUGUUUUGGGUCAUGUCGAAGAGACGGACAAUUUCAAACAGUUGCAAGAGCAAAUGGACGUUAAGUUCAAAAAACAAUUCCCCACGCGUAAAGAAUUGGAAAUCGUUUCAUCUACGCGUAUCUGGAAACGUCAAGAGAAGGCAGCUAAACUGAUACAGACAACGUGGCGAGAGUAUCAGAGAAGAAAGAAAGAGAAAGAACGUUCGAAUUCGGGUGAUAGUGCUACGCAAACAUCAAGUCCUGGAGGCUGGCAGGCGAGAUUAUCAUCAUUGAAUUUCUUUCAUUUGCAGGUUUCAAGACGUGGCACUCAAUGCUCAAGUCGAGCUUCUUCGCGCAAAUCCUCGCGAGCCUCCGAUGCUUCCGAUAUUAGCGAAUUGGCUGGUCCCUGGUUGAAUUUACCACUCAUGAUGGUAUCCGGAGCCGAUGAUGUCGUCAAUAAUAUUAAACAACAAAGUGAAGAGCUUGGCAAGCGACCAAUUUGUAGAAUAUCCUCAUGUUUAUCCUUGACCUAUGAGUCCCUACUCUCCGAAAUGGUUACCAACAUACUAACGAAUGGUUCACAACCAAACGAUUUAAAUUUAUUAGAAAAUAUCAAUGAUUAUUCAAGAGGCAUUUCGCCCACAACAGCUGCUAUUUCCUCCACCACUUCCCUUGCCACAACAAUUGCUGAUAAUAAUACGACUACCGCCUCUUUGGACAAACAAACCAUACAGCAACAGGCGGUGGUAGCAACACCGACACGGAAACGUGCUACAAGUUUUAUACGUAAAAAACCACCCCUAGAAAGAGGUUUGUCAGCACAAAGCGCUUUAAGAGUUAACAAAAAUGCUUUUGUCUCUGAGGGUCCUACACCGGAAGUGAUUGUAACUAAACCAUCGCCAGAUCAAAGUGUUAUAGUACCAUUAGGUUUACGGCCGGAAAAUUCGACUUUGGUGCAUGUGUUAGUUCAUCGAGAGAGUGAGGAGUAUAAGGAAGAAGAUGAUGAGAAUGGUUCGAGAGCGGUAUCGCCAGCGUUGGGUUUGGGAAUGGAAAAACAUAAACCACCCCAAAUACGUAUUAGUCCUGGUUCGGAUGAUGGUAGCUUAACAAUUUUGGACUCAGUACAGUUAUCAACGGUACAGAUAAUGAUUGAAUCCCCCAAAGAACCACCUAGAGGUGAUUUCUCAGCAGAUUUCGAUGUGCAACAGCAGCAGCAACAACAACAACAACAGGAAGUUGCAGUUACGCCUGUUAUUGAAGAACCAAUCGAUGUCAAUAUACAGGGUGAUACAUCAAAAGUAUUCUACGAUUACAAUCCCGAGGAGGCCAAUGAAAUUGUGGUAUUAGAAACUCUAACCGAAGAAUCGCCUAAAUCUGAAGAUAUACCAGCACUGCCAGAUAUACCAGUGCCGCCAUCCUCUUUUGAUUUCACCAACGAAAUCACAGGCACUGAACAACUGAAAAUAAUACCAAUAACAACAACAACUACAACGAUUUUAGCCGAAGUUGAAGAGAAAUUAGAUGUAAUAUCUUCGCAAACAUCUCCACCAACAACAACCACCACCACAACACAAACCAAAGUACCACAAACACAACCCAUAUCAACGGCAACAGCCACACCGACAACUUCAGCAACAUCAGCAUCAUCAUCAACGACCACAUCACCAGCCUCUUCACAAACAUCAAAUGAAGAUGAUUUCGAUGAACGUGAUAAGGCUCACACCGGUGAUCAGGAUGAUGAUGAUGAUGAUGCUAAUAACAUCAGAUGACAUUCACCCAAAACAGCAGUGGUGAUUACAAAAACAUCCAGUUCUAGUAGCACCAGUUGCUGUAGUUCCCGACCCCAUUCGAGUCCCUACAGUUCGGGUACGGACCAAAAUGAUGAUGAUCCUUUAGAACAGGAUAAUCAACAAUUCAGUUGACAACAUCGUAUCUGAGUAAAAACCUACAAAUACUAUUAUAAUUAUUAUUAUAUUUAUUAUAACUAUUAUUAUAAUUGUUAUAGUUGUUGUUAUAAAGAGUACAUCUACAAUUUAUCAAAUUAUACUCGAAUCAUGUUAAACGUUUUUUUGUUAAAGUUUUAAAAUGAUAACGAUUAAUAAUUCCAAAUUAAACAAAAACAAAAACCAAAUAUUUAUAUAAAAAUUUAAAACUAAAAUUAGUUAAAAAGAACCCAAAACCUUUUAAAAACCCCCAAAAAGAAAUAAUAUAAAGCAAUCAAUUUCAAUAAAAAUAAAUUUAAUGUAACUAAAAUUUAAUUACAUAAAUAGUUAAUAAAUUAAAGAAAAAAAGUGAAAAUUAAAUAAAAUAAGUAUUUGCAUGGAAAUCGAAUGUUAACAUUAUAAAACAAUAUCAUACAAAGAACAAAUUAAGUAAACGAAUAGAUUUAAAUUACAGAAAACAAAACUGAAAUUGUUAUAGUUUUUAAUUAAUGCUAUUUUAUUUGAUUUUUUUUAAUUAUAUAGUUGGUACUUUAAGUCUAUGCUUUGUAAAUAUUUAUGUUUAGCAAGAAUUUAAGAAAAAAAUUAUAUAAACUAAAUACAGUGCGUUUCACAAAAUUCUAGCACUUCAUGUCAAGAUAAGACUAAAGUCCAUAAAGUGGACUAAUUAAGGCUACAGACGCAAGUUAAGUCACGAUAAUAAUCAACUGUAUAAUCCAGUCUAGAUUCUAGACUAUACUGUAGACUAUAGACUAGAAUUUAGAAUAGACUUUUUUAUCGAAUUUAGACUAGAAUUUAGACUAAACUGUACUGUAAACUAGUCUUUGGAUUAGUCUAUAGUGUAGAUAAUAUACUACACUAUAGACUAUAAUAGACUAAACUAUAGACUAGACCAUAUUCUGGACUAUAGACUAGACUUUAGACUACACUAUAUUC